CGCGCAGUGACGUGUUAGACAAAAGAGUGUAGAGUGUAUUAUUUGUUAUUUUUGUGAUAUAACGUAACAAAAUUAAACAAACACGUAUUAUUUAAUUAUGAGGCAAUUUAAAUACGAUGUUGUGCAAUUAAUUCACGCUGUGAGAGAACGGCCGUGUCUUUGGGAUAAGACUUUGGAAGUAUAUAAAGAUCGCGCAGAGAGACGAGCGGCAUGGGAGAAUGUAUUCGUUCUCCUUGACGAAAGAUACGAAGAAAUGACGGCUGAAGAAAAGCGCGUGACGGGUGAACUGAUACUAAACAAAUGGACAAACAUCCGCGACACCUUUGUGAAGACUCUCAAAACGAAAAUGGGAAGACCUAGAAGAAAAUAUCUUCUAUAUGAUCAUCUGAAAUUCCUGAUUAAAGUGACAUCAACUGACGAAGACUUUAGCGUCGGUUAUAAUACUGAAGACAGUUCAACGUAUAUGAAAGUCGAAAUUGAGAGUCCCAAAGAAACUACAAGUUAUAGAAAAAGAUCGAAAAAGUCCGACUAUAUUGAAGAAGAACCUAAGAAAAUUAAAGACAUUGAAAAAACGGAAGUCGACUAUGUAGAAGUCGAUGAAUGCAAUGAUCCUAGAAUCAUGAAUGAGGAUGAAGCUUUCUUUGCCUCUCUUCUACCUUCUGUUGUCAAAUAUUCCGAGGAUGAAAGAUUAGAGUUCAGGAUAGAGGUGUUAGCCGUUAUGAAGAGGAUAAAAGAAAAAAGGAAGUGGUCUAGCGAUGUUUAAAAUUAAUUUAUAUGAAAUUACAUAACGCUUUGUGGAAGUAGCUCAACUUGGGCUAUUGGUUUAAAUGUCGUAACAAAGAACUUUAAGUCGCGAACAUUGUAUUAUGUAUUAUUCCAAACACAAAAACGUCCGCCUUCGUUAGUUAUAUAAUAAAU